AUGUCUCUCAAAAUCAACGGCUUCGAAGUCGAGCUCGUGGAUGCUAAUCCGCCUGGUUCAGAGCAAGCUGGUCCUUACAGCGGUUUCGAUCCUUCGAAGAAGAUUCUGCUUAAGGGUCAUAAGCGACCUGGCCGAGAUGACGUAGCAGCAUUCCAGUCGGACGUUGUGUGGGAGAAAGACUUCACUGUUCCCAUGCGCGAUGGGGUGAAGCUUCGCGCAGACGUAUUCAGGCCUACAACUGACGAGAAAGUUCCCGCGAUCCUGUUCUGGAGCCCCUACGGCAAAGAUAAUAAUGGUGUGCAUGGCCUCCAUUUACAACCGGGUCGCUUUGGUGUGCCCUUUGACAGGACUAGUACCUACGAGAAGUUCGAAGGGCUUGACCCAGCGGAGUGGGUCGCGAAGGGCUACGCUAUCGUGAAUUUCGAUCUGAGAGGAGCCUGGGAUUCAGAAGGAAUCAUCCCCUGGGUCGGUACCCAAGAUGGGCAAGAUGGCUAUGACGCCAUCGAGUAUAUUGCACAGCUCGAUUGGUGCUCCGGAAAGGUUGCUACGGCUGGUAACAGCUGGCUGGGUAUCGCUCAAUGGUUCAUCGCGGCGGAACGACCCCCACAUCUAGUUGCCAUUGCACCGUGGGAGGGCGCACAAGACUUCUACCGUGACACUCUGGCACGCGGCGGUAUUGGAUAUCCAUAUGAUCUCAUGUGGGGCAUGCUUCAGGACACCAUGGUCGGUCGUGGAAAGGCCGAAGCCGUGAUCAAGAUGUUGCAGAAAUAUCCUCUCUACAACGAGUACUGGGAGGACAAACGUGCGAAGGUGGAGAAGAUCAAUGUCCCUGCAUACGUACUGGCCAGUUACUCCUCUUCUCUGCACACGUCUGGUUCAAUUGCUGGGUUCAACGAGAUCAGUAGCAAGGAGAAGUGGCUUCGAAUUCAUCCUACACAAGAAUGGUACGAUUUGUAUUCUGAAUAUGGUACGAAGGACCUUCAGAAGUUCUUCGAUCGUUACCUCAAAGGCGCCGCGAACGGGUGGGAGAAGACGCCAAUAAUUCGCUUCUCUGUUCUUCCUUUCGACUCUUCAGAGCCUCCCGCGAAUAUCGAGACGACACAGUAUCCUAUCCCCCAAGCGAAGCAGAUCAAGUUCUACCUUGCUGGGAAGGGCAAGCUCUCAUCCAAGCCGAGCAGCUCAUCCGCAACCGAGUCCUACCAAUCGGACAUAAUCCCACAAGGUCUAGAUAACGACCCAGAGGAACUCGUCUUCUCGACAAAGUUUGACAAGCCAACGUGGCUCGCCGGCUACUCCAAAGCCGUUUUGCAUCUAUCCGCCGACGAAGCCAACGAUCUCGAUAUUUACGUCCAAUUGCGCAAGCUCAACAAAUCUGGGGGCAAAACCCUGCAACUCAAUGUUCCCGCCCACGCUCUCAUCCCCCCGGUCAAAGACGCUUCGGAAGUAUCAGACAGUUGCUUCCUCAAGUACUAUGGGCCCAACGGGAGCUUGCGAGCUAGUCACGCCGUGACAAAGAUUGAUUCCACCAAGAACGACUCAUGGCCGAUCUACAAGCAUGAUCGCCAGGAAAAGAUCAAACCUGGCACGGUGGUGCGCUUGGAAAUCCCCAUUUGGCCGGCUGGUAUGGCUUUCGAGGCGGGCGAGUCGCUUGCGAUUAAGAUCUCAGGCCAUUAUAUGUCGCCGUUGGAAGUGGACAUGCUGAAUGGGAAGACAAGGACUGAGAACAAGGGACGACAUAAUGUGCAUUAUGGAGGGGAACAUGAGAGCUACAUCGAGGUGCCCCUUACUGCUCCAUUUGGACAGUAG